GUGACCUUACAACCUACUCUUUCCAAAAACCUAAGUCAGUAUCUCUCCUUAACCCUAAACAGUUUCUUCACAAUAUCCCUAAGUUCCAUACCGGAGAGAAUACGGAAAAUGGCCCACGCGACGGUGGUCUCCGUCGAUUUGCCUUCUCCACCGCCUGAAACCACCGAGUAUGAUUCAGGUCUUUCGAUUCCACCCCUUGAUACUGCUUUCUUUUCACAGAAUCUUGUUGAUGAUGAUGGCGACAACCAACACGGCGUCGCUAUUGACGACCUCGAUUUCGAUUUCGACUUGGAUGAUCUGUGGCUCCCUUCCUCCGAUGAACUCGACGACCUCCUUAAUAUCGACCCGUUACAAGAUUUCGAUGCCGAACCCGGACCCGACUCGAAUUUACCCGAGUUCGCACCGAAUCUUGAUCAAUUGCAUGCCUUUUUUAAGUCCACUUCGUCGGAGUUGCGUCAUGUUUCUGGGGGUGGAGAUUUUUUGGGCGAUCGCAGCCCCAAAGGCUCCGGGAUUCUGAAUUCCUCGUCGUCUGGAUUGGAGUCCAAUCAGAUUUCCGGCUAUCUCAACGUGCAGUCGCCUGAAUCGAAUGGGUCGAAUCACGAGAUCCCUGAAAUUUGCGGUGGUAAUGCGAACGAAUCGAAUUGCCCUUCGCCUGAAUCUCGGAGUUCAGGGAAUUGCGGGUCUAAUGUCUCUGAGGACUCAAAUAAUUGCGUCACCAGGUCGGUGAGUUCUUCCGGCAAUUCGAAUAGCAGUUCGAUUAGAACAGGAGUUGUUGAUCAGAAGAUUAAGUUAGAGGAGCCGUCCAAUAAUAAAGUCAAUAGCUCGUUGUUGAAAAGGAAAAAGAAUUGUGGAGAUUUGCUGAACAAUACAGUGGAGUCAAGGAUUAAUAAGUUUAGAAAAUCUACCUUUGAUUCAGAGAAUAACGGUAACACCAAUGCUAAAGUCGGGUUAAGCGAAGAGGAGGAGAAAAAGAAGGCAAGAUUAAUGAGGAACAGGGAGAGUGCACAAUUAUCAAGACAGAGGAAGAAGCAUUACGUUCAGGAGUUGGAGGAUAAGGUGAAGAUGAUGCAUUCAACUAUUCAAGACUUGAAUGCAAAGGUUUCAUACUUUAUGGCUGAAAAUGCAACUUUGAGGCAGCAAAUGGGUGGAGGUGCUGUCCCACCUCCUCCAAUGGCGCCACCUCCUGGGAUGUACCCACAUCCAGCCAUGAUGUAUCCAUGGAUGCCAGGUGCUUCACCUUAUAUGAUUAAGCCACAAGGGUCUCAAGUGCCUUUGGUGCCAAUCCCAAGGUUGAAACCACAACAGGCAGCACAAGCGCCUAAGGGGCCUAAGAAGGUAGAGAGUAAGAAGAAGGAGGGGCCAAAGACCAAGAAGGUUGCCGGCGUUAGUUUUCUUGGUUUGCUGUUUUUCAUAAUGUUAUUUGGAGGCUUGGUUCCAAUGGUAAACAUGAGGUAUGGAGGAGUUAGGGAGUCAUUGAUGGCUGGAGAAAGUUAUGUUGGACGUGGGUACUAUGAGAAACAUCAUGGUAGGGUUUUGAUGGUGAAUGGGACUGAGUACGGUGAGAAAUAUGGAGAUAUAAAAGACUAUAAUUGUAAACGAGAUCAUGAUAGGGGAGGGAAGCCAAGUGCUUAUGAGUUUGUUCAAUUGGGCAAUGGGAGUGAACCUCUUGUAGCAUCGUUGUAUGUUCCCCGAAAUGAUAAGCUUGUUAAGAUAGAUGGAAAUUUGAUUAUCCAUUCAGUGUUGGCAAGUGAGAAAGCCAUGUCAUCUCAUGUGGAGCGUGGUGGUGAGACUGGUCUGGCAAUUCCUGGAGAUUUUGGUCCUCCUAUUCCUAUUCCAGGCAUGGGAAGGAAUGGUGCUAGGUAUCCCCACCUAAGGGCUCUUGGUUCUGGCUCAACAGACGAGGAAAGCAAGAAUUCAAAAGCAACUGAUGGCAGGCUUCAGCAAUGGUUCCGUGAAGGCCUUGCUGGGCCAAUGUUGAGCACCGGCAUGUGCACUGAAGUUUUCCAGUUUGAUGUGUCGCCAGCUUCGGCCUCAGGAGCCAUAGUUGCAGCUACUACUUCAAGAAAUAUUUCUAAAGAGCAGAAUCAGAACUCAACUCAUCUUAGAAAGGGAAGGAAUAGAAGAAUCCUCCACGGUCUUCCUAUUCCACUUCGUGAAUCCUCUCAUGAUAUUUCUAGACAACAUACAAGACAAAAUUCUCAGAAAGAGAAUUUGAAUAGAAAUAAUUCCACGCUCCCAAUGGUGGUUUCUGUGCUUGUUGAUCCCAGAGAGGCAGCUGACGUCAAUGUGGAUGGUGUCAUGGGAUCCAAGUCCCUUUCGAGAAUUUUUGUUGUUGUGUUAGUUGACAGUGUCAAGUACGUCACAUACUCGUGCAUGCUUCCAUUUAUGGGAUCUACCCCUCAUCUGGUAACUGCUUGAGGAUAGAACAGAGUCUAGGGUUUUGAAGUGUCAGCUAAUCACUUUUGUAUAUUGCCAAGGCACAAUGGUCUGUAGAACUUGUAUAAUCCUAAUAAAACUAUGUAAUUAAUACUUAAUCAUUGUCAACUUUUAGAUAUAGACAUCAUUUUUCGUA